CUCGCCCAGCCGAGCAGAGGGCGGCGGCGGCGGCGGCUGCUGGAGCAGCCCCGGAGGAGGAGGCGGCGAGGAUGGCGGCGGUGGCGUGGGCGCGGCGGAGAUGAGCGCCCGCGGCCCCGGGCCCAGGGCGGCGCGGCCGGAGUGGGCUGGGGUCCCGAUGCAGGCCCGAGGGGGGCCAUGGGGCAGGUCCUGCCGGUCUUCGCCCACUGCAAAGAAGCUCCAUCUACAGCCUCUUCUACCCCUGAUUCCACAGAAGGAGGAAACGACGACUCCGAUUUUCGGGAGCUGCACACAGCCCGGGAAUUCUCAGAGGAUGAUGAGGAAGAGACCACGUCGCAGGACUGGGGUACCCCCCGGGAGCUGACCUUCUCCUACAUCGCCUUCGAUGGUGUGGUGGGCUCCGGGGGCCGUAGAGAUUCAGCUACCCGCCGCCCCCGGCCUCAGGGCCGUUCAAUCUCAGAACCCCGAGACCUGCCCCCUCAGCCCGGCCUAGGAGACAGCUUGGAGAGCAUCCCCAGCCUGAGCCAAUCCCCAGAGCCUGGACGCCGGGGUGAUCCUGACACCGCACCUCCUGCUGAACGCCCUCUGGAGGACCUAAGGCUGAGGCUGGACCAGCUGAGCUGGGCUGCCAGGGGAGUGGGAUCUGGGGAGGACUCUGCCACCAGCAGCUCCACUCCUCUGGAAGACGAGGAACCCGAUGGAUUGGAGGAGGGAGAGGCUAAGGAAGAAUUGGACCGACAACGCGAAUUUGUUCAGUCCUCGCCACCUGAGGUCUUGACUCCCCAGCCCAGCCCCGGCUGUAGGACACCCGAGGUGUCCCCGUCCCCACCAGGAUCCCCGGAUUCGAACUCUGGGCCUGAUGAGCCCUCGCUGGACGAGGAAGAGGAGCCAUGGGGACCACUGGAGCGGGAGCCAAUCACGGGACAGUGUCUCCAUAGCAGGGACCAAUCAGAAUUCACACUACAGCCACACCUUCUAGUGGCGGACCUGCUGUACUGGAAGGACACGAGGACGUCAGGAGUGGUCUUCACUGGCCUCAUGGUCUCCCUCCUCUGCCUCCUGCACUUUAGCAUCGUGUCGGUGGCCGCCCAUGUGGCUCUGUUGCUGCUCUGCGGCACCAUCUCUCUCAGGGUUUACCGCAAAGUGCUGCAGGCUGUGCACCGGGGGGAUGGAGCCAACCCCUUUCAGGCCUACCUGGAUGUGGAUCUGACCUUGACUCGCGAGCAGACAGAACGCUUGUCCCAACAGAUCGCCUCCCACGUGAUCUCUACAGCCACGCAGCUGCGGCACUUCUUCCUCGUAGAAGACCUGGUGGAUUCCCUCAAGCUGGCCCUACUCUUCUACAUCUUGACCUUCGUGGGUGCCGUCUUCAAUGGCUUGACUCUUCUCAUUCUGGGAGUGAUUGCUUUAUUCACCGUUCCUCUGCUGUAUCGGCAGCACCAGGCCCAGAUCGACCAGUAUGUGGGGUUGGUGACCAAUCAGUUGAGCCACAUCAAAGCUAAGAUCCGAGCUAAAAUCCCAGGGACUGGAGCCCUUGCCUCAGCAGCAGCUGCAGCCUCCGGAUCCAAAGCCAAAGCCGAAUGAGAGGGGUGUCUCUGCCGAGGGACGCCUUCCCCCAACCCCAGCAGCCCUCUGUCCCCGUCCAUCUCCUUGCUAACCCCACCCUCACUGCCCUUCGGCCUGAGCCAUUUCCCGGUGGGUGUCCAAGAUCACUCCCACCUGGUAAACAGCUCAGAUUGAGCGGCCAGGACUACAUUUCCCAAGAGGCUCUGCUCUAGGAGUUUCGGAAAGGCAAGGCACCUUGGCCGCGGGGCCUGCUGGGACUUGUAGUUGACUAGACAGGGCGCUGCCCUGCACUUCCGCGGUCAGGCCGCUGAAAGCGCUGUGAGGGGUUGGUGUCUGCAGGACACCGCUAGCCCCAAAGCAGGGGCUUUGCAUGGGGCCCAAGGGAGGCCUGAGCUUGGAUUUACACUGUAAUAAAGACUCCUGUGGAAAACCCAAGGCCUCCUGUGCUUCAAGUCCCCUCCAGCUUUCACUUCGUGCACUGGAAAGCACUUAAGCGAUACUCCGGGAGAACUUUACCCAUCUUGUGGAAGAAGCCCCCUCCACCAUCUAUUUAGAUUAUUAAGUGAUCCAGGGAAGAUGCUGAGAGACCACCCAUUCCAGGGCUAAUUGAGCCUUGGCAGCCACGUUCCAGGCCUGUGCUGCAGGCAGACAUCACUAAUGGAGCCCACACUGCCUACUGCACAGCCAUCUCACCUGAGACCCAGACCCACUGUCCAGUGAUCUUCUGGAAGACUCCCUUAUCCCAGACUUCUUCCUCAUGCUACCCGACUUCCAACUCAGGGAUGUCCCGAUUGCCCACAUUGUCAUGUCGACAGAGGCCCAGAUUCUGGCCUCCUCCUUCCUCACCUCCCAUACCUAAUCAGUCAGGAAGUCAUAUCUAGGCUACCUCCCAAAUGUCUUUCAUAUCAACUGCUCUCUGUUCCCAUUGCCUUGGAACUAUGUCCCUCAUGACCUCUGUGGGUUUCGAGUUCCAAAACUAAAUUGGGGGAAAAGGAGGAGGUCUGAAAGUCCACGGACCUGGGAUUGAAUCUCAACUCCACUACAUUUUGACUGUGUGACCCUGAGGAAGUGACUUCACCCCUCAAAGUCUAGGUUUUCUCCAAUGGAAGACUGUCACCCUAACCAUACCUACAUGUAAAGCCCUUGGUUAAAUGCC